GUGACCAGCCAGACUCUCUCUCUCUCUCUCUCUCUCUCUCUCUCUCUCUCUCUCUCUCUCUCUCUCUCUCUUGCUGCUUCACUGCUUUCAUCCCCCCUGUCUUCUUCUUCCUCAUCCCCUCCUCACUCUCUCUUUCUCCCCUCUUGCCAAUUACACCAUGAACCUGCCUGCUGCUUGUUGCUAAGGGGGAGCCAGCCGGGGAGCAGAGUGGACCAGGCGUUAUUUUGUUUCUAAGGACCGAGUGAAACCAUGGCCGAGGGGUCCAGAGACCAGGGAGGCGCUGGCACCACCGAUCCUGAGGAGGACUCCCCCAAUAUGAUCGUCUACAGAAAGAUUGAAGACAUUGUGACACGAAUACAAGAUGAGAAAGCAGGAGGUGUAGCCAUCCGGACCGUCAAAAGCUUCCUCUCCAAGAUCCCCAGUGUGGUAUCAGGGGCGGACAUCGUUCAGUGGCUGAUGAAAAACCUCUCCGUUGAGGAUCCAGCUGAAGCCAUCCACCUCGGGAGUCUGGUCGCUGCACACGGUUACAUCUUCCCCAUCUCUGACCAUGUCCUGACACUUAAGGACGAUGGAACCCUUUAUCGCUUUCAGUCUCCGUACUUCUGGCCGUCAAACUGUUGGGAGCCUGAGAACACAGACUAUGCCAUUUACCUGUGUAAGCGCACCAUGCAGAAUAAGGCCAGGCUCGAGCUGGCCGACUACGAGGCUGAGAACCUUGCCCGUCUGCAGAGGGCCUUUGCCAGGAAGUGGGAAUUCAUCUUCAUGCAAGCUGAGGCUCAAGUGAAGAUCGACAGGAAGAAGGACAAGGCCGAGAGGAAGAUCCUGGACAGCCAGGAGAGGGCAUUCUGGGACGUCCAUCGGCCUGUGCCCGGCUGCGUCAACACCACGGAGAUGGACAUCCGCAAGUGCCGAAGAGAGAAGAACCCACACAGAGUGAAAAAGUCGGUGUACGGGGUCCCAGACGACGGCCAGAGUCAGCCCAGUCCCGUCCACAGCAGCUCGCAGCCGACCAGGAAGCCCACCAAAGAGGACAUCCAGAAGCAGAUGACCUUCCUGAACAUGCAGCUGGACCGACACUGUAUGAAGGUUUCCAAAGUGGCCGACAGUCUGAUGAGCUACACGGAGCAGUUCAUGGACUACGACCCCUUUGUGUCGGCCACGGAGCCCUCCAACCCCUGGGUCAGUGACGACACGUCCUUCUGGGACUUGGAGGCGAGUCGUGACCCCAGCCAGCAGCGUGUGAAGAGAUGGGGCUUCUCUCUGGAGGAGGCCCUGAAGGACCCGGUGGGACGAGACCAGUUCCUGAAGUUCCUGGAGUCAGAGUUCAGCUCAGAGAACCUGCGGUUCUGGUUAGCAGUGCAGGAUCUGAAGCGACGGCCGCUCCAGGACGUCCCCGCCAGGGCUCAGGAGAUCUGGCAGGAGUUCCUGGCUGAGGGGGCGCCGAGCUCCAUCAACCUGGACUCUCACAGCUACGAGCGCACGAGCCAGAACCUGAAAGACCCCGGACGAUACAGCUACGAGGACGCUCAGGAGCACAUUUUCAAGCUAAUGAAAAGUGACAGCUAUGCACGCUUUUUGCGAUCCAACGUCUACCAAGACCUCCUGUUAGCCAGAAAGAAGCCAGCAGACACUGAACAGGGCCGCCGCACCUCCCUGGAGAAGUUCACCCGCAGUGUGGGCAAGUCUUUGACAGGGAAGCGCCUGACAGGCCUGAUGCAGUCAUCCUGA